GCAUACACUCCUACUGUUUGACCUUGGUGGUUUUGGUGGAUUUAUGAAAAUAGAUGGUAGUAAAGGACUGAUUCAUCCGAAGGAUUUUUAUGCUUAAAACAUUUUUCCGUAGCAUUUUAACUAUGGACAAUCGGCUUAAAAUUAGUCAUAUGAGAAUUCCUUACAGAAGGUCAACUGAUAUCUUCGACAUUAUAAAUCUGAACCAAAAGGAUCCAUUACUUUUGUUCAAGUCGUGGUUUGAAGAAGCUGUUGAAUGUGGACAGGUUUUUGAACCUAAUGCCAUGGCUCUUGCAACAUGCAGCAAAGAGUGUAUUCCGAGUGUACGAUUUGUUCUUUUAAAAGAGCUAGAUGAAAAUGGAUUCCAUUUUUUCACCAACUAUGACAGUAGAAAGGCUCAAGAGCUUGAUAGCAACCCACAUGCAAGUCUACUAUUCUACUGGGAAUUUCUUAAACGUCAGGUACGCAUAGAAGGUACAGUCUCACGUUGUUCAAAUACAGAAAGUGAAGAAUACUUUCAAAGUCGUCCAAAAGUCAGUCAAAUUUCUGCAACAGUUAGUCAACAAAGUCAAAUUAUACCAAGUCGUGAAUUCUUGGAUAAGAAAUAUUCAGAACUUGAAAAUAAAUACGCUGAUCAAGAUAAACUCCCAAAACCUUCAAACUGGGGAGGAUAUAUUCUUCAUCCUCAGUCGAUAGAAUUUUGGCAAGGUCAAACAAACAGACUACAUGAUCGUAUACGAUUUCGUCGUGUUGAUCAAAUGACAGAUGAAAAUCCCUCAGAACUCACCUAUCAAGCAGAUAAUGGCUGGGUGUAUGAGCGUCUAGCACCGUGAUAAUCUUUCUUUGUACAAACUUAAUCGUGUAGUGAAUUUUGUAAUGCAAUCGAUAAACUAAUCACUUAA